CUUAGUGGUCAUCACCUCAUCAGUGGGACAAGACACGAUAUACCUCCACUAGGUGUACGUCUUCAAUCUAAUCUCUAUACCUAGGUCGAGGUUGGAUCUUGAGAUCCUCCAGACACUCGGCAAGAGUCAUUCCUUUGUGAGAGUCACUUCGUCAAUAUCAAUUAGCAGCCGGAUCAUCUCGUAUACUCUCAAGCCCAGCCAUCCGAUUUAAACAGUUGCCGAUCCUUUUCACAAUGCCCGAUCAAGACUCGUCACAACCCUCCGAAUUCUGGUUAUAUGGAUACGGAAGCUUGAUAUGGAAGCCUCCGCCACACUUCGACCGCAGAAUUCCUGGAUGGGUAGAUGGCUAUGUUCGUCGUUUCUGGCAGGCUAGUGAGGACCAUAGAGGCACUCCUGAGGCCCCCGGGCGUGUCGUCACUCUAAUCGAGAGAUCUUACUGGGAACAGCUAACUGAUAGUCACGACUCUGCUCCAGAGCGAGUUUGGGGGGUUGCAUACCGUAUCAUUCCUGAGAAAGUAGCCGAAGUCAAGGAGUAUCUCGAUAUUCGCGAGAUCAACGGCUACACCAUUCACUACGCUCCAUUCCAUCCUGCCGAUGGCUCCCCCCCUAUUCGCACUCUGGUCUACAUCGGCACUCCAGAUAAUGAGCAAUUUGUCGGCCCCCAGGAGCCCCAGGAGCUCGCCGAGCACAUCUUCCGCAGUCAAGGGCCCAGUGGCCUGAACAAAGACUACCUGUUGAGUCUCGAUACCGCCCUCAGUGAGCUUGCUCCCGAUAGUGGCGAUCAUCACAUCCAUGAUCUGGCCCGCCGUGUCAGGGAACUUGAGAAGAAUUGUGAGGAUGAAACUAAACUCCUCAACCCAACGACUUCAGUCCACCAACAAAAGCACAGUACUGAAGAAGCCGAGGAGAUCGAAGAGCCACAUCACUAAGAAACGGACAAUGCAUCAAAUACGCAGACAUCUCAGCAAGCGCAUAUAAAUAGACGAUAGAUCCUCAUGAUGAGCAGCAUACUUAUAAUGAGCAGUUAGAUGCCAAUCCUCAUGCUUCGUGCCAUC